GCCCGGCGGGGCUCACGCGGCUGUCCCGCGCGCGGCAGGGCCCUGGUAGGCGACUCCCGGGGCCCGGCUGGCCCGGCCAUGCCGCUGGAGACUCUGGACGCGCUAUAUGUGGCCCUGGAACUCGCCAUCGCCGCGCUGUCGGUGGCGGGCAACGUGCUGGUGUGCGCGGCGGUGGGCACGUCUAGCUCGCUGCAGACUCCCACCAACUACUUUCUGGUGUCCCUGGCGGCAGCCGACGUGGCCGUGGGGCUGUUCGCCAUCCCCUUUGCCAUCACCAUCAGCCUGGGCUUCUGCACUGACUUCCACAGCUGCCUCUUUCUCGCCUGCUUUGUGCUUGUGCUCACUCAAAGCUCUAUCUUCAGCCUCCUGGCCGUGGCCAUCGACAGGUAUCUGGCCAUCCGCGUCCCGCUCAGGUAUAAGAGUUUGGUCACUGGGACCCGAGCAAGAGGAGUCAUCGCAGUGCUCUGGGUCCUUGCCUUUGGCAUUGGAUUGACUCCAUUCCUGGGGUGGAACAGUAAAGACAGUGCCACCAACUGCACGGAGUCCUGGGAUGGAACCAUGAAUGAGAGCUGCUGCCUUGUGAAGUGUCUCUUUGAGAAUGUGGUCCCCAUGAGCUACAUGGUGUACUUCAACUUCUUUGGAUGUGUCCUGCCCCCACUGCUCAUCAUGCUGGUGAUCUACAUCAAGAUCUUCAUGGUGGCCUGCAGGCAGCUGCAGCGCAUGGAGCCGAUGGACCACUCCAGGACUACCCUCCAGCGGGAGAUCCAUGCCGCCAAGUCCCUGGCUAUGAUUGUGGGGAUCUUUGCUCUGUGUUGGCUACCAGUACAUGUCAUCAACUGUUUCACUCUUUUUCAGCCAGCGCAGGCUAAGGACAAGCCCAAGUGGGCAAUGAACAUGGCCAUUCUCCUGUCACAUGCCAAUUCAGUGGUCAAUCCCAUGGUCUAUGCCUAUCGGAACCGAGACUUCCGCUAUACUUUUCACAAAAUCAUCUCCAGGUAUGUUCUCUGCCAGGCGGAUGGCAAGAGUGGGAAUGGGCAGGCUGGGCCACAACCUGCACUCAGUGUGGGCCUAUGACCCAGGCUCUGGCCUCUUGGAGGCCAAAGCCUCCAAAGGAUAGGAUACGAUGGACUGAUCCUGUGAAAGACAGCUACACCUCACAAGCAUCUAGGCUCUCUUCUGAACACUUGUCUGGAGUUACCACAUAUCUAGCUAAUAUGUACAUGCUGUUAGUAGACUCUAAGUGUCAACAAAUGUAUUUAUGAUUUUUCAGCUGCUCUUAUUGUGUGGAUGAUGCUGAUGGCUUGAAUGGAUUCUAAAAGACUUUUAUUUUUGAGUCUGCCUGAUUCAUGGAAGAAAAUGACUGAAAUCUUUUACUGUGAAUACUGUGAACUAUUUUAAUGCAAAUAUUUUUUAACUUAAAGGCAAUGGAAGAAUAAAAAGUUGGUUGUUCUAAUGUAAACUUGUUCCCAGAAAGGCUACCAAGAAUACUAAAAAUGUAAUUCUUUAAUCAAGAAACUGCUGUAUUAAUCUGGGGAUGAUAGUCUCCUAAAUUCUUAAGCAGAAUUAUCAUCAAGUAACAAUUUUAGGUUCCAUUCUACUCCAUAUACAACUGUACUCUAGAGGAAGAAACUGGACAAACAGGGUUCCCUCCUCUACUGGAUUCCCCCUUUUAGAGCUAGGUACUGAAUUUUAUUUCUCUCCUAAGUUCAAGUUUGGCAAAACUGCUGGAACUCAAAAGAGUGUGAGAAUUUUCCUAAGCAAAAUCAUGUAUUUGUGUA